AGGCAAAGCAUAUUGUCCAAUGUAUGUACAAAACAGAAAAGUUGAGGUGGUGGAACUGAGAAUCAUCAACCAGUACUCUACUUUUUCAUGAUUUUAAAAAGUUUACACAAAGAAAUAUAUUAAUACUCCACAGUGAAUGAUAUAUGCAGAAAGAAAUGUAAAAACAAGAAUUCAUUGUGUGAAAUGACAGAACCUCUACUUGAAGUGUUCCAUCUGCCCUUUCAUUCUAAAUGUAAAGAAUAGGAUUUGCAAACUGUUGCAGUUUUAGCUGACUUAGAAAGUGAUUCUAACUUUGCGUUGUCUUCAGGGAAAGCAUCUCCAACUCAUAUAUCUGAAACUGCAGAAGGAACCUGCUUCUGCAUGCUUCCAUUACCUUUCUGCAGCAACUAGUAAACCCUUGAACCAAAUUUCAGCUGCCAAAGCACUACAAAGUUUGACUGUUAAAAGGGCAUUAAAGUCCACUCAUGUCUGUCGAUGAUGUUAAGGCUGCUGCUAGUGAGUUCGCUAGGGGAUUUAAUCACAGUUACUACCACCCGUUGCACAUAGCAAUACUAAAAGGAGAUUGGCAAUCUACAAAGGCUUUUCUUGACAAUGACCCAAGUGCAUGGACUGCAAAGAUCACAAUACUCGGUAGGACUGCGAUGCAUGUUGCAGCUGUAGGAGGGCAGUGGCAAAUUGUUGAGAAGUUGGUGCAACAUGUUCCUACAAAAGUGCUUGAAGAGUUGGACUUGAUGGGUUGUACUUGCCUGCACUAUGUUGCAAUGGGGGAAAGCAGAAGUGCUGCCAAGGCAUUGGUCACUAAAAAUCCUUCUCUGACACAACUCACUGACUUCAAAGGAUUCACACCACUUAUCUACAGUAUUACCUCUGCUAAAUGCAAAGAAAUGGUAUGGUACUUUGUUUUGAAUACUACAGAUGAGAGACCUGGUUGUCCUUUCUCUGGUCCUUCUGCUGCUCAACUUGUUGCUUUGCUUACUGCUGCAGGAUUUCAUGAUGUCACUAUAUAUCUUCUCCAGCGCUACCCAGAUUUGGCUACUCUCUCAGAUUCAAAGGGAAGCAUUAUACUUAAUGUUUUGUCAAAAUUGCCUUCGGACUUUCAAAGUGGAAAUAAACUUGGAUUUUGGAAAAGAUGCAUUUACCACUGUAUGCCAGAUGAACUUGAUUUUUUACCACCAAGUCAUCUGAGAGGAAAUUCGAAAGAUUCAUUUGGGAAUUCAAGCCAUUACAGAUCCUAUUUUGGAAGUACAAUAUGGGAUGUGAUUCAGAGUAUUGUUCCUGGCAUAAAGCUAGUGAGAGAGGCAAAGUUGAGACACGCAUCUGCUGCAAGAUUGGUGGAACUGGUUUGCACACAGGUUUCAAAUUUGAAUGACACCGAAUUCUGGCAGUCUUUUGUGAGUGCAGACGUUGUUUUCAAUGCCUCAUCAUCUGGCAUAGUUGAAAUUUUAAGGAUCAGUUUCCAGUUUUUUCCUGAUUUGGUUUGGUGUCACUUGCCAAAUGAAGGAUAUGUAGCUCAAACUGCCAUCAAGUAUCGGCAAGAGAAGGUUUUUAGUCUUGUAUGCAAUAUGCCUAUAAUUUGCAAGUUCUUAAUCCUGGCAUUAGAUGAAUCACAAAACACCACAUCACAUCUAGCAGCAAGGUUUGCUUCUCCUCAACAGGCAUCAAUUUCUGGUGCAGCUUUUCAAAUGCAAAAAGAGUUGCAGUGGUUUAAGAAAGUGGAGCAAUGGGAUCACCCUCUUCAUAAAGAAGUUAAAAACAUAGAUGGUAAAACACCUUGGCAAUUGUUCAGGGAAGAGCAUAAGCCCUUGCUUGAAGAAGCAAAGGUUUGGAUGAAGGAUACAUCAAACUCUUGUAUGUUGGUGGCAACUCUUAUUGCCACAGUUGUCUUUGCUGCUUCUAUAACUGUACCUGGAGGAAACAACCAAGAGAAAGGAUUUCCAUUAUUCUUGUCAGAUAACACAUUCAUGGUGUUCGUUGUGUCAGAUACAUUAGCUUUGUUUUCCUCCAUGGUUUCCCUUUUGAUGUUUUUAUCAAUUCUAACUGCACAUUAUGCAGAAGAAGAUUUUCUCAAGAGAUUACCUGAGAGAAUAAUAUUGGGUCUGGCUUCUUUGUUCUUUUCAAUAGUAACUACAAUGAUAGCAUUUGGUGCAGCCCUGGAUUUGUUGCUAAGGGAGAGAGUGAAAUGGGUGUCAAUCCCAAUUGCUCUUCUGGCAUGUGUCCCAGUUGCUCUAUUUGCAGGGCUUCAACUUCCCUUGUUCAUACAAAUGAUCAUAUCAACCUAUGGUUCUUCUAUAUAUCAUCGUCAAAGUCUUUGGUAAGGCUUUUGUGUUGUCCCAGCUUAUGAAAAAAUAGGACAAAGAAUGGAAACAUCAAACCAUAUAGUAGUGUCAGCAGGUGAUGGCUUUAGUUAGCUUUGGAAUUUGUUUUUACUGAGUAUAGCCCGAAGUUGGUUUUACAACAGUGAACUAUAAUGAAAAAAGAAUUUGACCAAACUGCUUUAGGAAAUACUACCCAGUUAUCUAAAAACCUGUCACUAAUAAUCUCUCAAAAAUCGUCCUUUUUCAGAGAUGAAUUACUGCACUACUUUCAAACAAUUUUCUAAAAGCUAAUAAAUGUUAGUCACUCUGUAAUAUUUGAAAUGUUACAUUAUAGUAAUUCGAUAUGGUAGUAGUUUAUUUGUUAGGAAUAUUGAAGUUGUUUACAUGUUUUUUUAUUCAAUCAAAAUCGAAUAUUUUUUAUACAAUGCAAACUAUUUCUAGUUGCAUGCCAUGUAUAAAUACAUGCUACUUGUAUUCUUAUAAAAUUUCUGAUUAAAGAACCAAUUUAGAAGUUUUAUCCAAAUUUAUUUUAGAAAGCAGAAUUUCUUUUGGUCCUUUGAUACUUUCGUUUUUGCUAAUGGGUCUCUUCUGAUAUUUGCUCUAUAACAAGUUAUCCCAUGAACAAAAAAACAUGACUGUUCCAAAUUGUUUGAAAAAUACUACAAAUGGUAACAGAUAUUACAUACACCACACUGUUUGAAAAACCAGCACAUCAGCUAGUAAACGUACGCCUAAAAUAUGUGAUCCAUCAACCAAUCAAAAUCCCACAACCAUAUUUCAAGUACGUUUAUUUUUGUUGACCAAAAAACCAAAUUAGCCCGGUUUUACACUAUGAACGUUCAAAUAUCUGAAUCCAACAACGUAAAUCAGAGUCUUGAAUCUACAAAACCUAUCUAUAACCAAGAUAUGAAAAGAAUAAAUCCAGGACUAAUCUAUUAUAUAAAAAAUUCUCAUUGCAUACCAAAAAGCUUGACUCGUAACAUAGUCCGUCUCGAAUGGGAAGGUGAGAAGGCAAAAGAUCUACUCAUUUUAGGACUCAUCGGACACUGAAAUUCCAAAGAGAAAGUUUAA